AUUUUCCUAAUUUUGAUAGUGGUAAAGGAUAAUUCGUUAAUCCCAAGUGUCUCUCCCCGUUCGGUUCAUAUGCAGAAGAAGUAAAUCGCAGGACAGGCAAGUGGUCGGGAUUUGAUCCCAAAACUCAACCCCCACCAUGCAGUUGGGGACUUGUCUGUAUCUUCAGUCAAUAGGGAAGGUAGUAGUAACCCCUUGCUGUCGCCAUUGCCAUUGGAUGUAUCUUCAAUCAACAGGGAAGGUUGUUAUAACCUCUUGCUAUCGCCAUUGCCAUUGUUUGUAUCUUCCCUCUCUCGAUCUCAAAUCUCAAGAAGUAGCCAGCCCCCCUCGAGUGCCCAUCUCUUUGGAUCUGUAUUCUUUUACUUUUCUAGAUCUUGUCACAUUCUUGUUCAGGCGCUGAGCCAUGAGGAUCGAGGGUAGUGGUAGCAGACUCUCACCGUCCCGGGAGUACUUCGUUUUUGCUUAUUACGUGACCGGCCAUGGCUUCGGACACGCCACUCGUGUUGUCGAGGUUGUGCAGCACCUUGUUGCCGCUGGACAUGAUGUUCAUGUUGUAACUGGUGCUCCUGAUUUUGUGUUUACGAGCAAUAUACAAUCUCCAAAGCUUCACAUUCGCAAGGUUUUAUUAGAUUGCGGUGCUGUUCAAGCUGAUGCUUUAACAGUGGACCGGCUUGCAUCUUUGGAGAUGUAUCAUCAGACAAUUGUGGUUCCUCGGGAUUCUAUAUUGACAACAGAAGUCGAAUGGCUGAAGUCCAUCAAUGCUGAUUUAGUGGUCUCAGAUGUUGUUCCUAUAGCAUGCCGAGCAGCAGCAAAUGCCGGGAUUCGCUCAGUUUGUGUAACUAACUUCAGUUUGCCUCCAUUGACUGUCAUUCUUGUUGCCUCGAUGCUCCCUGUCUUGCAGUUCAGCCUGUCUUAUACAACUUCUUUGAUCUUUACGGGCCUUAAGCCAUUGAGCUGCCAACCAGAUUGCGCCAAUGCCAGGUCAUCAUGCCAGGAGGAGAUUUAUGUUGCAAGAGCACCUGGGAGGUUGGAUGUGAUGGGAGGAAUUGCAGAUUAUUCAGGGAGCCUUGUCUUACAGAUGCCUAUCAAAGAAGCCUGCCAUGUUGCUGUGCAAAAGAACCAUCCUAGUAAGCAGAAACUCUGGAAACAUGCUCAAGCACGGCAGCAGGCAAAAGGACUAGGGUCUAUUGCUGUGCUGCAAAUUGUGUCAUUUGGUUCAGAGUUGAGCAAUCGUGCACCGACCUUUGACAUUGACCUCUCCGAUUUAAUGGAUGGAGAACAACCUAUGUCAUAUGAAAAGGCUCGCCAAUUGUUUUCACAAGAUCCUUCUCAGAAGUGGGCAGCAUAUGCUGCUGGAACAGUUCUAGUCUUGAUGGCUGAGCUUGGUGUUAGAUUUACACAAAGUAUAAGCAUACUGGUUUCUUCUGCUGUUCCGGAAGGCAAGGGCGUCUCCUCUUCUGCUGCAGUUGAAGUGGCUACUAUGUGUGCAAUUGCUGCAGCUCAUGAUCUGAGAAUUGAACCAAGGGAUAUCGCAUUACUUUGUCAAAAGGUUGAAAAUCAUGUUGUUGGAGCUCCCUGUGGAGUGAUGGACCAAAUGACAUCUGCAUGUGGGGAAGCAAACAAACUGCUAGCCAUGGUUUGCCAGCCUGCAGAAGUAAAGGAACUUGUCCCUAUUCCAUCUCACAUAAGAUUCUGGGGUCUUGAUUCUGGUAUCCGUCACAGUGUUGGUGGAACUGACUAUGGAUCUGUUAGAAUAGGUGCCUUUAUGGGGCGCAGGAUGAUCAAGUCUGAAGCCUCUUCUUUGCUGUCAGACUCUCUAGGGGGUAUCGAGCCUCAACAAGUUGGUAAAAUGACUCCUGAUGACUCUGAUGAAGGACAUGGAAUUGAGAUACUUAAAACUGAAGCAUUAUUGGAUUAUUUGUGCAAUAUAUCGACACACCGAUAUGAAUGCCUGUACACAAAGAAACUUCCAGAACGCAUAAGUGGAGAGGAAUUCUUGACAAAAUAUUUGGAUCACAAUGAUGUAGUAACCAUUAUUGAUCCCAAGCGCACUUAUGCAAUCAAGGCUCCUACUAAACAUCCAAUUUAUGAGAAUUUCCGUGUUGAGGCCUUUAAAGCCUUGCUAACUGCAGCCCAAACUGAUGAACAACUAUGUUCCCUUGGGGAACUGAUGUAUCAGUGUCAUUACAGCUACAAUGAGUGCGGGCUUGGCUCAGAUGGAACGGAUAGGCUUGUAAACCUUGUGCAAGAAAUGCAGCACUCUAAAUCCUAUCAAGAUGGAAGUGCAAGUUUAUUUGGUGCAAAAAUCACUGGGGGAGGCUCUGGUGGCUCAGUUUGUGUUAUUGGAAGAAAUUGCAUUCAAAGUACUGAAGAAAUUCAGAAGAUUCAGCAAAGGUAUAAAUCUGCAACUGGCUACUUGCCCUACGUUUUUGAAGGCUCAUCACCGGGUGCUGGAAAAUUUGGUUAUCUAAGAAUACGCAUGCGGCAAUCCUUACCAGACGCCUCUCCAAGGAACUAAGUCACACAUACUUGCAAUUGAAAUAUUAGCUCAGUUAAUAAUUUGGUCCCUAGAGUAGCACAAACAAUUAUAUAUGAAACUCGCUGACCGCCAUCACAAUUGAAAUCAUUGCCCUUGUAAAAAUUUAUGUUGGAUAAGUGUGACGAUCUUUGAAAAUCUUUGAGUUUGUAUUUACAGUUGCUACUCAAUUACUAUUGUUUAGCUCCAUCUCAAAUAAAUGUUGCUUCCUUGAUUCAUGUCAA